AGGGAAGAACUCAUGUCUUCGUAACCCUAAUGGAUGUAAUACCAAUGCAGACUGCCAUUAUAUACGCCCUGGUCGGGUAAGAGUCGUGAUCUAAGACAUUAGAACAUUGGAUUAGGGACCGGUCAUUAUUUGUGGUGGGGGGUGGCACCGAAGAGAAAAAGGUUGGGUAAACAAAAUGUUGAGUAAGUAAAAGGUUGGGUAAAUGAAAAACAAAACAAGUCAAGGGUUGGGUAAUAAAAAUUUAUUGUCAUUUCCAAAACAUGACUCACUGAAAUAUUGUUGACUGAAAAGCAUUGUCAACAGUCAUUUCUCAACUACAAUAUGUGAAUCAACCAGAGUAACUAUCUUGAUCAUUUUGACAAAACAAAUGGUGUUUCCAAAGAAAGUACAUGUGCAGACAACAUGAAAUUUUAGACUGCAGAAAAUUUCACAAGCCGUUAUCAAACUCAUGUCACCGAAGUGGUAAGGACAUGUGUGACAACUGAAUGGUAUCUUUUUGUAACGUUUUUGGCCAGGGGUGGGUAUUUAAUUUUUAAUUGAUAUUUGAGGUUGGGUAAUCAAAUUUUUGUCUUUUUAAUAGUUGGGUCAGCAAAAGUUUUGCAAGGAAAAACAUUUCUCUUCGGUGCCACCCCCCACCAUAAAUAAUGACUGCUCCCUUAGCAUUGAGCCGUAAAAGAAGAAACUUUUACGGCUUGCAAAUUGAAAUAUAAAAUUUGAAAAUUUAAAUUUAAAACUUGAUUGAUAAUUUCUCGACAGCUACACGAUGUAAACAUAAAAAUACGUAGCAUCCCCAGAAAUUUCUGAAAACCUUUGAUUGAUAGCUGAAAAAGUGCAUGAUCCAUAAAAGCCUGGUACGAUAUAGACUAAGCUAUACAGGGUGAAUAAAAAAGUUUCAGCAGCUAUUUAAAGGACUUAAAAUUCAGUAAAUUUUCUAAUAUUUGGACCACUGAUAAAACACAUAAUAAAUUUCUCACCCAUGCAUGAACUCAAAAUAGCGUUUUAAACUUUUAAAUUUUGCGCGCAAGCUAUUUUUAAUGCUGCUAAAAAUGACGUAUAUAUAUAGUUAGUAGCUCUAGAGGAAUUAUCAAACCAAUUCUUUUUCUCAGCCUCCAUCAGUUUCGAAAUUUAGGCUAAAUAUAUUAUUUUCCUGCCAUAUUUCAGCAUAUUUGUACGUGCAAGGCUGGGUACAGCGGAGAUGGAAAGAAAAGCUGCAAACUGAUUGACAUUUGCUCACAGGUUAGUAUUGCUAACGUCCAUUAUAAUAAGUAACAUGCACCGCGCAGUCAAACUGGAAAAGAAAAGCGUUUGCUAUAUUUAUUUAUUUAUUUAACUUUGCCAACAUAAAAUUACAAUAACAAUUUAAAAUUAUAACAAAAUAGCGUGCCUGGGCAUAGUCUUUCAAAACAUGAUUUGGAAACUCCGCUAAGGUCUUUGUUCUAUCUUUUUGUUCGCGUUUAUGCAGUUUUGUGCACGAUCAAUAAAAACAUUGUAUUUCAGUAUAAUGAACGAAUCAUCCAAUAGCAACGUUUCAGUUUAGUCAAUUCAACCAUGCUAUUUAAAUAUUAUGUGCACGGUGUAAGGUACGGCUCAACGUAAACUGCCUGCUCAUUAUAACCGCUUUGAAGUUUAGUGAGUUUCCAGACCAUGUCUCGAAAGACUAUGGCCUGGGUCGCCGCACUGACAACUUAUUGCCAAUUACUGCGGGCCCAAGGAAAGUAGAAACGGCUGAAGGUAUGAGCCAAUUUCAUCGCUUUUUCCUUGUGCAAGACAGUAACAAGUCAUACUGGGGUUUUUUUCUAGGACAAUGGAGGCUGUAGUUUUUUUGCUGACUGUGCGUCCAACAAGACCUCAUUCACAACGAGAUGUACCUGUAAAAACGGCUACAUUGGUGAUGGAACAAAAUGCAUUGGAAAUGUCCUCGAGGUAGCUAAUAUUUCUGCUAUUUAAGAGGCAAUUUUUCAACUGUCUUGAAAAGUGUUCAAAACCUAAAUCGUUUUGGUGUUCCUCUUAAAAUUAUUUUAUUUUAGUUUUAUUUUGUAGUUUGCACAGUUAGCAACCAUUUUAAAUGUGUCUGGCGGUUGAGAAACACAAAAUAAUAGUUACUGUCGUUCCAAUUGAAGUGUUGCUCAAAUAUUGAUUCAAUACAUUACCUCGGGCUGACCAAUUCAUUUGAUCAAAUUCCUCGAGAUAUUCAUACACUUCCUGUGAAAGAGCCAAUUCCAAGUAUUUGAUCAUUUCUGGUCACUUCCUUUCUAUUUAUGAUUGGUUAGUUGCACAAACAACAAAGGUGAUUGGUGCAUUCAAACUAUUCAACAGGAAGUUUACAAUUAUACUAGGAAGUGUAUGAAUAUCUCGAGGAACUUGAUGAAAUAAAUUGGUCAGCCCGAGGUAAUGUAUUGAAUCAAUAUUUGAGCAACACUUCAAUUGGAACAACAGUAAAUAUUGUCAAUUUAAAUACAAUUAUCAUUGAUGCUGUAAAAUUGACGCCAUGUUUAUACAGCAAUAUAAACAAAACUUACUGAACUUCAGAUAUCAUUUUCUCUUUGGCGUACCAUCUAAAACCUCUUCAUUUUAGCAUUAUUUUACAGAUAAAGCACUGAAAAUACUUUUUAAGUUCGUAAAAUCUGUUAUAUCUUUCCGCCCAUCUAAGAGCAAUGAACUAAACUAAAACUCAAUUAUCGUGAUUCUAUUUGUUUUUAGAGUUUACAAAAUGAUCCAAAUUUGAGAGAAUUUCAUUCUCGCUUAAUGGUUAGUAAGAAGAGAAAAAUUAUAUAUGGACUUUCAUGUAUGUGCAUAGAAUUUAGUGCAUAAAAUUAAUUAACUUAAUUUUUCCUUUUGUUAUUUUAAAGAAUUCAUCGAUCAGACAGAUUCUUUCUCCAGAAAAUCAUGUGUCUGUUGUUGCCCCUAACAACAAUGCAUUUACCUCUUCAAGACGAAAGGUAAGCUAAAAAUAACUUUAUUUAUGCUGGAUAGCUCUAUCUGUUCUAAAACUGUUCCCCCUAGAGGUCCAGUAAGAAACAUCCCUUAUUGAUCCAGUGUUACUACAGGAGGAAACCUAAACUAAACUAACUUUAUUUAUACUGGAUAUAGCCCUAUCAGUUCAAAACUGUUCUCCGUAGAGGUCCAGUAAGGAUCAUCUCUUAUUGAUCCAGUUUUAUUACAGGAGAAAACCUAUACUAAACCAGCUUUAUUUAUACUGGAUAGCUCUAUCAGUUCUAAACUGUUCUUCCUAGAGGUCCAGUAAGGAUCAUCUCUUAUUGAUCCAGUGUUACUACAGGAGGAAACCUAAACUACACUAACUUUAUUUAUACUGGAUAGCUCUAUCAGUUCUAAACUGUUCUUCCUAGAGGUCCAGUAAGGAUCAUUUCUUAUUGAUCCAGUGUUACUACAGGAGGAAACCUAAACUAAACUAACUUUAUUUAUACUGGAUAGCUCUAUCAGUUCUAAACUGCUCUUCCUAGAGGUCCAGUAAGGAUCAUCUCUUAUUGAUCCAGUGUUACUACAGGAGGAAACCUAAACUGAACUAACUUUAUUUAUACUGGGUAGCUCUAUCAGUUCUGAACUGCUCUUCCUAGAGGUCCAGUAAGGAUCAUCUCUUAUUGAUCCAGUGUUACUACAGGAGGAAACCUAAACUAAACUAACUUUAUUUAUACUGGAUAGCUCUAUCAGUUCUAAACUGCUCUCUCUAGAGAUCCAGUAAGGAUCAUCUCUUAUUGAUCCAGUGUUACUACAGGAGAAAACCUAUACAAAACUAACUUUAUUUAUACUGGAUAGCUCUAUCAGUUCUAAACUGCUCUCUUUAGAGAUCCAGUAAGGAUCAUCUCUUAUUGAUCCAGUGUUACUACAAGAGGGAAGAGAACUUCAUGUGUAUCUCUUUUUUAGCGUCGCAGUGUGAACUCAUUGUCAGACUUGGAUCUCAAACACUAUAUUGUAAGCUGCGUGUCAUUAAGCGAAAAUGAUGUCAAAGCUGGCGACAAAAGUUUUGUGACCGUCGCUGGUUCAUGGCUGAAUAUCACAUCACCGAUGGUUAUAAAUAAUAAUGUGUCAAUCUUAUCUGUAUUGACUGCAGCAAAUAGCGCCAUUUUGGUUGUUGAUAAGUUAUUGGAUGUUCCUGACAGUGACGACGAUUCCCUUGAACAUGUGAGUACUUUUGUACGUGGUAUUUUAAUCAUUGAUUAUUGA